GACGCCUGGCGCCAACACGACGACGCCGCCCACGCCGCCCGCGCCGCCCACGCGCCCCCGCCGCCGCCGCCGGCGCACGCCGCGGCCGCCGCGCGUGGGCAGCAGCAGCAGCAGCAGCAGCGCGGCGCGCACAGCGGCGGGGGGUCUGACCCUGAGGAGGCGGCUGACGUGUUGGUGGACGACAAUCUGGGGUUCUCUAAGGACCGCACCAUAUCGCGGCUGACUGAGAUGCAGAGCCUGGAGUACUUGGCGGCCCACGCGGCGCAGCACGAGCCGACGCUGCUGCUUGCGCUGCAGGAGGCGCUCGAGGGCAAGCGCGGCGCGGCCAAGGCGGCCGCGCCGGCGCCGGCGGCAGCAGCGGCCUCGGCGCUUUAG